CUUUCCUGCGGCCACAAAAUAUUGACAAAAACGAAGAAAGGCUGACAGCAGUGAGUGACUACUCUCCCAGCUCGCCGGAGCACGGAUCUUCCCCGUUGGGCCCCCAACGGCGUUGAUCGCCCCCAAGUGGUAGGCGUCGGGCCUUUUUAUUUAACUCGCUCUCUCCUUUCUCUCUCGCUUGUAGGGAAGCUCUUUCUUGUGGCGAUGGCUGCCGCUCCAUGCGGUCUGCUACUCGUCUUGCUUCUCUUGGCCAAAAUCGCCACAUCCGAGGACUCUCUAGAUGCCAUCAAAACUCUCAGGGACGAAGCCGUUGCCAGGCUCAACCAGCUCGGCAAGACAAGUGAUUCCAAGGAGUUUUUGGAGCGAACCUUUCUGAGCCCCGCCGCGAUACGAGCAGGAAAGCUUGUGCAAGAAUGGAUGCAAGAUGCGGGCCUCUCCACAUGGAUGGACGACAUCGGCAACAUUCACGGUCGGGCCGACGGUGCUAAUGCGUCGGCGCCAGCGCUUUUGAUGGGGUCUCAUUUGGAUACCGUCAUCGACGCCGGCAAGUAUGAUGGAGCCUUGGGGAUAGUCUCGGCCAUCGCCGCCGUCAAGAUGCUCAAUAGCAAUGGCAAGCUCCGGAGCUACGUGCGUCCGAUUGAGAUAAUCGCGUUUUGUGACGAGGAGGGCGUUCGUUUCCAGUCCACAUUCCUGGGAAGCGCUGCCGUUGCUGGGGUGCUCCGGCCCGACAUCUUGUCCGUUCGAGAUCGAAGUGGUGCCACUUUGGAGACGUCUCUCAAAGCCCGCUCCUUCAAGGGGACCAGAGACAGCCUUGUGCAGCUCAGAUAUUCUCCGGAAUCGGUGUGGGGCUACGUGGAGGUGCACAUCGAGCAAGGUCCAGUGUUGGAGGCCCGUGGGAUCCCACUCGGACUUGUGGAGGCAAUUGCGGGCCAGACCCGGCUCAAAGUGCGGCUGCAUGGAGCACAAGGCCACGCCGGCACGGUGCCAAUGGCAAUGAGGAAGGAUCCCAUGCCGGGAGCAGCGCAAGCCAUAGUUUCGGUGGAGAAGUUGUGCAGGGAAAGCCCCACGCUGGCUCGAGUUCCCGGUGGAGGCGGGCUUGUGUGCACGGUGGGCGAGAUAUUUUCAUGGCCCGGUGCCAGCAACGUCAUACCUGGGGAGGUUGCGUUCACGAUCGAUCUCCGAGCGACGGACGAUUCCCUUCGGGAGGAAAUUGUGGGGGAAGUUGAAGAAUCUAUUCGCAGCAUCUGCAGGGGGCGGGGACUGUCCUGCACCAUCGACAAAAUGCAUGAGGCCAAGGCUGUUGGCUGUGACAAGGAUUUGAUGGCUAGCUUAAAAGCAGCUGCUGAAUCCACAGUUUUGGAGGUUCCUGGAGGAGGUGGUGUGGAUGCACCGGCCGCGGACGACUUAGUGCCCAGCCUGAUGAGCGGAGCUGGCCACGACGCAAUGGCAAUGUCCCAUCUAACCAAGAUUGGGAUGCUGUUUGUGAGGUGCAAAGGCGGGAUCAGCCAUUCACCGGCGGAGAGUGUGAGUGACGAUGACGUUUUGGCGUCCAGUUUGUCGCUGCUUCACUUCCUCAACAAUCAUCUCGAGCACGAGCAGCCAGCGCCAAUCUAGGUCUAGUCCCAGUGAUUUGUAAAUAGCAUUUGCGGGCGGUGCACAUGCAUGUUUGGAUCUUUGUUUAGCGCUGAUUCUUUCGCUUCCACACGUAAAAAACUGACGUUGACCGGUA